AUGGCUUCAAUCUGCCGGCGAUGGAGAUUAUGGAUAUUACCUGUAUUGACCUGCUUGUACGCAUUGCUUAUUAUUGUACUCGUACCAAUCUUGCUAGUCAAUUCCAUCAAGCAUGGCUUCAAGAAGCAGGAUCAGGGUGCACUGGUGGGUGGCGCUUUUGUUCUACUGGCGUUGCCCAUUGCCUUCUAUGAAAUUGUCCAGCAUAUGAUAUAUUACACACAGCCUAGAUUACAAAAAUAUAUAAUAAGAAUAUUAUGGAUGGUACCCAUCUAUGCAGUGAAUGCUUGGUUAGGUCUGGUGUAUCCUGAAGGCAGCAUAUAUGUGGACAGCUUGAGAGAAUGUUACGAGGCUUAUGUGAUAUAUAAUUUCAUGAUGUAUCUACUGGCCUAUCUGGAUGCUGACCACCAACUGGAGCACAGACUGGAGAUCUCUCCUCAAGUGCACCACAUGUUCCCUCUGUGUUGUCUGCCUGACUGGGAAAUGGGCAGAGAAUUUGUACAUAUGUGCAAGCAUGGAAUUUUACAAUACACAGCUGUCAGGCCUAUAUCAACUUUAGUAUCAUUUAUAUGCGAACUGAAUGGAGUUUAUGGGGAAGGUGAAUUUAAAGGUGACGUCGCUUUUCCAUACAUGAUUGCUCUAAACAAUUUGUCGCAAUUUGUUGCCAUGUACUGUUUGGUACUCUUUUACCGUGCCAAUGUAGAGGCCUUGAAGCCAAUGAAGCCAAUCGGAAAAUUUUUAUGCAUCAAAGCGGUAGUGUUUUUCUCGUUCUUUCAAGGAGUGAUAAUAGCUCUUCUGGUAUAUUUUGACGUCAUAUCGAGUAUUUUUGAUACGGAUGAUUCAGAUGACAUCAGGAAUAUAUCGUCCAAAUUGCAGGAUUUCCUAAUUUGUAUAGAAAUGUUUUUAGCGGCGGUAGCUCAUCAUUAUAGCUUCUCCUACAAACCAUUUGUCAAUUUGGCGCAGGGUCAAGCGUGGUGGGACGCAUUUAGAGCAAUGUGGGAUGUUUCCGAUGUGCAUAAUGACAUAAAGGAGCACUUGGGCGUUGUUGGAUCAUCCUUGAGUCGCAGAAUACGUGGACGCGGUGCAUAUCAGCAGGCUUGGGGAAGCGCGACAGAGCGUACGUCACUUCUGCCUGAGGCCACGAUAGUGAACCAAGCCAGAAGCGCACCUGCCUGCUCGUUUUCAGGCUAUAACACAGCCGAGGCUGGACUAAACAAUAAUCCAUCCAUCGGGGAAUCUGAGGAGGCGAUCGCAAACUCGCUGGAUAGUAGUAAUGCCAUUAAUACGUAGCUAAUAUCUGUAUCCAUUUGCAUGGGAACAGUACUCGAUCGAAUCUGUUGCGAGACUGGUGUACUUUAACGAAAAUUGUUCCUUAGUAUUAAUUCUUAAAAGGAGAAAAAAAUUCAUAUAGUUUUGCAACGGCGUUUUCCAGCGUACAAUUGUACAAAUCAUCAUCAUCAUCACUACAUCACAUAUGUGCAUAUUGCGUUGGAAUAUGUACGUGAUGUCCCGAGACCACUGAAUGUCGCUUGUGAAUCAUGAUCGAUUCGAAGAUGAUUUCUCAACAAAAAAAUUCUAGAUUCUUGUAAAAUCUGAGACUGAAUUAAAAUUCUAUACUCGUUCGAAAUCAAUCGAAAUUGUCGUUCGGUUGAUCUCAUCCAUUUAUUAACACCGAAGUAUUUCGAGUCAAUAAUGCUAAGUAAUUUCUAGAAAAAAGAAGAAAGACGGUAUUCGGUAGUCUCGGGGUAUUCUGUGCGACGCGAUUUAUAUUAAGGAAUUUGAUACGACAAGCGGUGAAUUUUAUGUGGAACGUAUACUCGCUUGCUACGUUCUUACUUUGCGAAAAGACACUCGUGCACUUUAUGUUACCAAAUGAUAUAGUACCAAAUACGAUGUAAAUAACACGUUUAUAUGUAUACAUUUAUGUAGAGAGGAACACGAUCCCGACACGAUAUUUGUACAUACCUCGAACGACCAACGCGUCACGCGCAUUUUACUACACGUCCGACAGAUGUAUCUUAUUUUUUUUUGUCAAUGUAUCGGAACAAAGGCCACACAGAGAUUAACGAGCCGUCCAACUAUCAGCGCUCGAAAUCUACCUAUCUAUUCCUUCUCGCUUUAUAUGUACACACGCGAAAGGUAUAUAUCGCACUCUGUAUACCAAUAAUUUAAAUUUAUUUUAUGAUUACACUAUAUAUCUUGGAAAUAAAGGCUGUGUUUCCAUC